AUGGGCUGUGGGAACGGUAAGGUGCUGCCCGAGGCGUCCAAGAAGGGCUAUGCAAGCGUGGUGCAAUCGCUUGUGGUUUUUAGUAAAAAACAAGAAGACGAUGAGCCAAAGAAGCACAAAGAGAAGCGAAGAGGUCCGUGGUUUUCUUCCACCGUCAACUGUCCUCAGCUAACAUCAAACACCCAACAGCAAUCCAGACGAGGACGGGACAAAGCCGCCAGCUAUAAGGACAAGUUUGAGCCACGUGUCACUGCAAGAUAUGACAUCAAGGCGCUGAUUGGUCGGGGAAGCUUCAGCCGUGUCGUGCGCGUGGAGCACAGAGCGACUCGGCAGCCCUUUGCCAUAAAAAUGAUGGAGGUGGAGGCCCCGCAGGGACGUGAGGUGUGUGCGUCCGAGCUGGCCGUGCUGCGGCGGGUGAAGCACGCUAAUGUGAUUCAGAUGAUCGAGGUGUUCCAGUUUCCUCAGAGGGUCUACGUGGUGCUGGAGCUGGCGACCGGUGGGGAGCUGUUGGACCGGGUCGUCAGCAGGGGUCACUUCACGGAGCGAGACGCCACCCAGGCUCUACAGAUGGUUCUGGCCGGGGUUGGAUACCUGCACAGCCUCGGUAUCACCCACAGAGACUUGAAACCCGAGAAUCUUCUGUACUACCACCCUGGAGCCAGCUCCAGGCUCUUGGUGACUGACUUUGGAUUGGCCACUUUUGGAGGCACAAUCGCAGAGUCUGAGAUUUCUCCAACUGGAGAAGGCCGGUCCUGGUCUUUGAGGACCACCUGUGGAACCCCUGAGUACAUGGCCCCUGAGGUGUUGCUGAGGAAACCCUAUACGUGUGCGGUGGACAUGUGGGCUCUGGGGGUGAUCGCCUACAUCGUGCUGAGCGGAUGCAUGCCGUUUGAAGACGACAGCCGUACACGACUCUACAGGUCCAUUGUGAGAGGAAAAUACAGCUUCCAUGGAAAUCCUUGGCCCUCGGUGUCCGCCUUGGCGAAGGACUUCAUUGCGCGCCUGCUGCUGUCGGACCCGGCCACCCGCCUCACCGCCGACCAGGCCGUCCGACACCCCUGGGUGGUCACCAUGGCGGCCGGCUCCUCCAUGACGAACCUCCAUCGAUCUAUUUCCCAGAACCUCCUUCAGCGGGCGUCACGCAGCUCCUCCCGGUGCCUGAGUGGCGCCGCGAGCUCCAAGAGAAGCCAGCAUCAGCAGCUGGAAUGAGUCCGACAAGCUAAAGCCAGAAGGCAUCGGGAGAACUAAAGCAUCAGAUUAAUGACGGAGAGAUGGAACCAGGUGCUCCAUCCCGGCGUGUAUUGCAAUUACAAUCCUCCAAGCACCAAACAUGGAGCCC